AUGAAUUAAAACAAAUCCAAAUUAGGGAAACAAUUUAUUGCAUAACUUCCUACUUAUUUGAAUAUCAAAGAGGUAACCAAAUUUAUGGCAAAAAAACGAUAGGAUGAGUAGAUAAUUUUUUAUUUUUUAGUAUCCAAGUUCUAAAAACAUACACCAGCAAGAAUCGAUUAAAAGCAUCGGACUCUGAAUUGUAUCAAUAAAUGACCGAGAAAGUGAAAUGCUAAAAAAAAGAUUUAGAUCCAAUUGAAUAUGAACAGAUGUUGAAAUUCUUUGAUUAAAUUCAACCAAAAUAUGAAAUUGGGGAUUAGAUUAAGAAAAUUUCAGGUAUCGAACCAGUCAUAAAACAAAAUGACAAUAUGAAUAUAAUACAAGGAUAAGUAUAAUUAGAAAUACAAAGUGAUUUUUUAUAUAUAAUAAAUAUUUGGGUAAUAAAUUCAAUUAUAAUAGGAUAACAUUGUUAUAGAAAAUAGUGGUCCUAUUGAUGAAUUGAUUGGAUUGUAUCAGAAGAGAAAUGAAUGGCAUGAUAAAAUAAAACUUGUGGCAAUUUCAUUGAAAUCUUCUUCAGAAGAGAUUAUUUAACUAGUUACUAAAAAGAAAUGGGAAUGUAUGAAUCAUUACAAAUUAAUAAAGAAUAAAUAAGGAAAUCAUUAAUUUCUAGAUAUGAUAAACAUAGAGGGGUUGCCAAUUGUUGUCAUAAUUGGAAAAAAUGGUAAAAUACUUCAUAUAGGUUAUCACUUUGAAGUAGAUUUAGAUGAAUUAAUUAAAAUAGAAAUGUCAAAAGUAGAUGGUUCAAAUCCAGGAGAAUUAUCUAUAUAAGCAAAUCUCAAAAUAGAGAAUUAGAAAUAAAAUGUUGAGGGUAAUCAAGUAUAAUCAUAGAAUGUGAAUAACAUGAUAAAAGAGCAAGUAAAAGUGUUAAAACAAAUUCUCUAAGAUACACAAAAGGUUCUAAAAAAUUUAGGAUUUCAGAUUAAAUUCUAGGUUACUUUGAGGAGAAUCAGGCAAUAACAACCUGAUGGGAGCUUUAUGAUCUCAGAUAUAUCUCAACUUGAAUUGAAGUAUAAAAUUACUGAGGAAGAAAUGGAAAUUUUAGAUUAGUUUAUGUAAUAGGUUUGGAAUUAAAUACCUGAACACUUGCGAAUUGUACUGAAAUCAGAUGUUGUGAAUUUGAGCGAUGUUAUUCAAAAUAGAAUUCUAAUCGCCUUUGCUAGAUAGGGUGUAAAAAUUAAAUACAAACCUAUAAUAAAAAAAUCUAUUUCCUGGGAUUCUAAUAUCCAAAAAAUUGUGAUACAUGAUACUGAAGUCCAAAAGGCUUCGAUAAAAGGACUCAGUCUUGCAAAUUUUUAUGAUGGACUUGAGGAAUCAAAACCAAACAUUGAUUAUUUUAGUCUGAACUUUGAAUUAGGCAAAUAGAUUAAUAAAAUAAUUGAAGAGCUACGUUCUGAAGUAACUCUUGGUCCAGGGAGGAGAUUUGCACCUAUUCUAAAUUACAAGAAAUUUGAAACUUAAGAUAAUGAAAAUAUUUUUCAUUCCAAAGGAUAAGUAUUAAUAAUAAUUUAUUGGUAAUGCAAUUAGGAUUGCAUAGCUUAACUAAGAAAUAUUGAUAAACUCAUUGAAAAAAAUAAUGAAUCUUGGAGUAAAAUCGUUAAAUGUGUAGCACUUAAUAUAGGGGAGGAAAAAGAAUAUGUAGAAUUUUUAGAAUAAAACUAAGAACUCUAAGGCCAUCUAUCAAUGUACUAUAAGAAACGGGCUUUUCUAACUGACACAUCUUUAUAUGCAGUUUAAUAGGUUCCACAUUUAAUAAUUGUCGAUAAAUCUGGGUUUAUUAAAUACACAAACUGCCCAAUAAAUUUAGAAAGGUCAAUAUAACAAUUAGUAAACGAAGAGGAAAAGGAUAUUAAUUUGAAUCAGGUUAAAGUACCAAUCAAGGAACAAAGAGUGAAUUCAAUUAAACAAAUAGUAUUAAAGGAGGAUUUUAAAGAAUAUUUAUUAUCAAUUGAUAAACACAGAGUUAUCCAGUUAAAACUUGACUUUGAAGUCUAGAAAGUUGGCAACGAUAUUUUCUUUGACAACAUCUAUUUAAAUUACUAUAUUAGGGAUAAACAAGAAGAAGAUUUUAAUAAAUUACUAGAUAGAAUCUUUUAAAUCAUCCCAGAGGAUCGUUGGAUUAUAAGUAAAUAAAUCUAAUAAACAAUCUCUAUUCCAUAUCCAGGAAAUAAAUGUGCAGUUUGUUAUAAAGAUAUUUCAAAAGAUCAUAAAUAAUAUUACUGUUAUUUUAAGAAUGAACAUGUUUGUACAGAAUGUGCUGAAUUUAUUGAUGUAGAAAAAAAAGGAAUGGAUAUGUAUAAAUAUCAAGAUACAUUAAUAUUUAUAAAUGGUCCUCUUCAAGAUGAAUCGGUCUUACAUGAUGUAGAUUUACACAAAAUGGGAAAAAACAGAAAACUUUUAGAAGGUCAAAAACCCUCCCAGAUUCAUUAAUUCAGUUGCGAUGGGUGUUCUAUUGGAUCAGAAGGACCUCGAUAUAUAGCAGUAAAUGCAAAACCAGGAAUUUACAGAACAAAUGUAUUAAUUACUACAUUAUUUAGGGUUAUGUUGAUUAUUGUAACAAUUGUUUUUUUAUUCUGAAAAAUAAAGAAUCAGUUGAAGCAUAAACCAUUAUAUAAAAAAGGGUUGAUUUAGGUAUGACAACUGAUAAUAUUUUUACAAGAGUGCUGUUUGAUUAUGGGAACUAUAGGGAUUUUUGA